AUGGCCCACAAGCCAGGAGUCCUACGUACCAUCAACAGCUGGUCUGAAGAAUUUGGAGGCCAGUGUAGUGAUUAUCUCCAGCUGGCCUUUAUCACUUCUUGUCUCUUUAUUUUUGUGGGAGGUAUCAUUAUCAUCUUGAUGGUCAGAGUAAUCCGAUACGUAUUACAUGGGUGUUUCUUUAGAUAUUCCAUUCGAUUUCAGCUGUUUACCAAUAAGAUGCUCCUGAUGAGUUUUUGGAAAGGAAAGUUCCAAGACAGGGUGGUUAUGAUGAUCUCAGCUCAGACGUCUAUAGGCCGUAUUCUGGUAAUACUGGUGUUCCUAUUUAGUAUUGGAUCACUCAUCAUUUACUUCAUCAACUGUUACAGUGUUAAAGAGUUUUGUCUCACCUUUCAAGACCAGACAAUUGUAAUUGAUCUAUUCUUUAAUUUAUUUUUUCUUCUGUACUUUGGAUUGCGGUUUUUGGCAGCCAGUGACAAGCUAGCAUUCUGGUUGGAACUUAAUUCCAUUGUGGAUUUCUUUACCAUAACUCCAGUCUGUAUAGCCUUCUAUCUCGGAAGAAAUUGGCUUGGUUUACGCUUCCUAAAAGCAUUGAGAUUAAUGGAACUUCCCAAAAUUUUGCAGUUCCUCCAAAUCACCACAAGUGGUACUGCAAUCAAGCUGUCCAAACUGCUAGCUGUAUUUGUCAGUACCUGGCUCACGGCUGCAGGAUUUCUUCACUGGAUGGAGAAUUCUGGAGAUCCCUGGGUAUAUCACAGCAAUCAUCAAACCUUGACUUACUUUGAAUGCUUAUAUCUGAUCAUGGUAACUAUGUCUACAGUUGGAUAUGGAGAUGUUGUGGUCAAAACCACCAUAGGACGUGUGUUCAUACUUUUCUUCAUUGUUGGUGGUCUGAUCCUCUUUGCAAAUUUGGUACCUGAAAUAGCAGACAUUGUUGGAAGCAGAAGAGUCUACAGUGGUUCCUAUAUAUCUGUGAAAGGCAGAAAGUUUAUUGUUGUUUGUGGCAAUAUCACUCUGAGCAGUGUGACUGCUUUCUUAAUUGACUUCAUAACUCAGGACAGAGGAGACAUUGCCAGUGAGAUAGUCUUUCUGGGAGAGCAUCCUCCCUCUCUGGAACUAGAAACUAUAUUCAGAUGUUACACUGCGUAUACCACUUUUUUCCAAGGUUCCGUCAUGAAUAGUAAGGAUCUUCUGAGACUUAAUAUGGGCAAUGCUGAAGCAUGCCUCAUUUUAGCUGAUAUAUGUUCUACUGAUCCUUAUACGGAGGAUAUUUCCAACAUCAUGAGGGUACUGUCUAUCAAGAAUCAUUUCCCAAACACCAGAGUUAUAAUACAAAUCAUCCAGUCUUCUAACAAGGUUUAUUUGCCAAAACUCCCUGGAUGGAACUGGAAAAAAGGUGAUAGUAUCAUCUGCUUUGCUGAACUCAAGCUUGGGUUAAUAGCUCAGAGUUGUGUGGUGCCAGGUUUGUCCAUACUGUUGACCAGUCUGUUUAUUAGAGAAAAUAUCCAGCUUAAGGAUGUUUGGAUUAAGCAUCAGCAUGAAGUAGAAGGCCAAGACUAUAAAGUGAUGACUCAGCUUCUUUCCAAUGAUUUUGUUGGCAUGUCCUUCAAAGAUGUUUGCCAACUGUGCUUUCUGAAGAUGGAUCUAAUACUUCUUGCUAUUGAUUUUCGAACUGGAAAACAAGGAAACAGACGUUCAGAAGAAGAAGAAGAAGGAGAAGGAGAAGAAAUAGCUAGUACUUGCUCAUUGGAUAAUACAGGAAUGUUUCAUUGGUGUGAAGCUGUCCCUUUUGAAAUGGCACUCUUGAAACCCAAAAAGAGAUAUUUCAGUGACUUGCGUGAUCAUAUUGUAGUCUGUGUUUUUGGAGAUGCCACCUCGCCCCUGAUUGGAUUACGGAACUUUGUGAUGCCGCUGCGAGCUAGCAACUUUGCAUUGAGUGAGUUGAAGGACAUCAUCUUUGUUGGCUGCAUUGAAUACCUGGAACAGGAAUGGGAAUUCAUCCACAAUUUCCCAAAACUUCACUUACUGAAGGGCAGUGGGCUAUCUUGUGCAGAUCUCAAGGCAGCUGGCAUCCAAUACUGCAGCAUGUGUGCCAUUCUGUCAGCCAAUGCCACUGAUGCCAGUAAUCAGACUCUAGUGGAUACCAAAUCGAUCUUGGCUACCCUGAAUAUACGUUCCUUGCAGUUCAAGCAAACUGCAUCAACAGGUAAAACGUGGGCGCUCACUGAAGGUGAAGAUUCAAUUGGAGUUCAAUCACGCGUUUUUUCCAAACGGAUCUCUGUCAUCACCGAGCUUAAGGUAGCUGCAAACGCACAGUUCUUUCAACAGGGCGGAAUAGAAAACUCUGACAUGUUGGACCCUAAUUUAUCCAAAGGAUCACUGUUUUCUGAUAGCUUUUUGGAUUCUCUCUUGUGCACAACCUAUCAUAAUUACCAUGUACUGGCUUUGCUUCAGACGCUGGUGACAGGUGGGACCAGCCCAGACCUUGAAGAAUAUUUGGCAGAGGGGAGUACACUGAUUGGCAGUAAUAGCAAUGUGAUGUCCUGGGGAGUUAGAAACAGAUGUAAACUGGCUCUUUUAACACUAGUAGAUGAUCCACAGUUAAUGGAAGGGCUUCUGCUCCUAUUUGGUGAUGUGUUCACUAAAGCCCUUGAUAUGUAUGGAAUUCUUUGCUUCGGUAUCUAUCGCCUGAAAGCCAACCCCAAUCCAUAUGAUAUCAGGAAAGUAUAGUUUGUGAUUCCUCGGCCACCCACUAAUUUUGAGAUCCUUGCUUCUGAUCAACUCUUUUGCCUUGCUCCAUAUAACAUUUUAUCCAAAGACCUAACAAAUGUAGUGCAGACUAUUCCACCAAAACCUCCAAGGACUGCCCCUCAGAAGAAAGAAAAUGACUCUUCCUUUAUAAAUAAAAUCUUCUUUCUUUAA